AUGGCCCCGAACGAAAGCAACAAGCGUCUGGCUUUGGCCAUCAUUGACUUCCUCGGCGGCAGCCUGAAGGACGGCACCCUCACCGCCGACGAUGCCGAAUCGAUCGAGAUCGCCCAGUCGUGUAUCGCCGAUACCUUCAAGGUUGAUCCUACUGACCAAGCUGCCAUGAAGGAAGCUGUUGGUGGGCAAUCUCUGGCCAACAUCUACAGCGUCUACGAGAAGCUGCGCAACAAGUCUUCGCCCCAGACCGAUGCUGGCGCUCAGAAAUCGCAAACCGAGCAGCCCAAGCCUGGCGCGCCUACCGCCGAGUCCGAUAAGUUGAAGUCCGAGGGUAAUGCUCUCAUGGCCAAGAAGGAUUACCCCGCUGCAAUUGAGAAGUACACCCAGGCUCUGGAGAUCGCCCCCGCCAACCCUAUCUACCUCUCCAACCGUGCUGCCGCUUAUUCCGCAUCCGGAAAGGCUGACAAGGCCGCCGAGGACGCCGAGGUUGCCGUCGCGGCGGAUCCUAAGUACUCCAAGGCCUGGAGCCGUCUGGGUCUCGCCCGGUUCGAGCUUGGUGACUACCACGCUUCCAAAGAAGCUUACGAGAAGGGCAUUGAGGCUGAGGGCAACGGUGGCAGCGAUGCCAUGCGUCGCGGCCUUGAGACUGCGACACGAAAGAUCGAAGAGGCCGGCGGCAAUAACGAGCCGCCCUCCGAGGAAUUGGACAAUGCUCCCGGCGCAUCCCGUGGAGCCGGCGGUAUGCCGGAUCUGUCGUCGCUGGCUGGUUUGAUGGGUGGUAUGGGUGGCGGUGGCGGUGGCAUGCCCGACCUGGGUUCUAUGAUGAACAACCCUAUGUUCGCUAGCAUGGCUCAGAACCUCAUGAGCAACCCCGAUAUGCUGAACAACAUUAUGAGCAACCCUCGCAUGCGCCAGAUGGCCGAGAGCUUUGGCCAGGGUGGUGGCAUGCCUGACAUGUCCAGCCUGAUGAGCGACCCUAGCAUUGCCGAGAUGGCUCGCAAUAUGAUGGGUGGUGGUGGCGGUGCCGGACGGGGCGGCCAGUAA